UAAUAAGUGAUUAUAUCAGUUAAUUUUUAUAUCAUCUACAUUGACAAGUGGAGAAUUUUCGAUUUGGGAAUUUGAGGUUAACAACGUGAUCAUCGACAAACAGAAGGCGUCAUCACGAUUAGAGAAAAUUUUAUAGAGGAAAAAACUUAAAUCAGAGCUAAAUUUGCAUCAAGAUUAAUGAAGGCAAUUAAUGAAAGUGAUUAUUGGAAAAAAGCUUUUCUUUUGCAACAAAGAACGAGUGAGUUAGAGCGAGAAAAUUUUAUCAUAUGCAUGAAAAGAGAAUGUGAAGAUAUUUUGCAAGUAACGCGUAACAGUGCAGAAAAACAUUUUCAAGAAUUGAUAAAACUUUAUGAAACUGCUCGAAUUAAGUCGGAGAUGUUGGAGAAGCAGGUGAACAUUCUUCAGCAGAAGAACAAAAAUAAACAGGAGAAAACCUUAGAACUGGCAAAUCUUCUUGAAACUUUGGCACAGUUUAAUGUAAAUGUAGAAUCAGUUUGUCAAAUUUCAGCAGAAGGUGCGUUCAAAUUGAAACACACGCAACUUUUUAAUCUAGUUUUGAGAAAUUUGGAGAAACACGAUUGUAUUUAUGUUGAAAAAAUGCGAAAAUUACGACAACUCACUUGGGAAGCCAAGGAGAAUAACAAUUUUCCUGAACAGAAACAACUUCGAUUACAAAAUUCAGUUUUAAAAGAAAUUGUCAAAAGUCUCAAAAAGAAGUUGCAGAUAAAAUAUUCGAGAAAAGAAGAAAUUCCAGAAAAAGAUAAAUCUCCAAAGCAAAUAAAUUAUCAGAAUUUUUGUGGAAAUAUUCUUCCAAAUGAUGAUGUACACAAUAAAUCUUUUAUUCAUCCAGAAUCUAAUCAAAUAAUAAAAAAAUUGGAAAAUUUCACUGUGCCUUUAAAAUUUGAAACAAUAAAUUCAAAUGAAAAUCAUAUUGAAAAAAAUACAACUAAUUUUCCAAAUCGAACAAAAAAUAAAUCAUCAGAAAAUUUAAAAAAAGUUGCAAAAUCAAUAAUUCCACAUAUUGAAUUAUUUCAAUCUCAUUUCAAUGGGAUACCAUAUGAAGAAUAUAUUUUCAAAUUUUCCAAAAAUAAAGAAAUGAAAUUAAAAUUUUCACUUAGCAUAAAUGAUUUGCCUUUAAAAAUUCAAUUUACAGAUGACGAAAUUGAAUAUGAAGAUGCUUCAAUGGAUAAAAUUUACGUUUAUCUUAGGAAUAUUGAAAAAAUCGUUAAACUAAAAAAUUGUGGUUUAAAUUGUGCAGUUCAAACUACAAGAGUUAAAUUAAUUAAUAAUUAUUCUCAAACUAAAUUGACAAAUUCGAAUAAUUCAUUUUCUCGAUUAAAUGUUGGCGUUACGAUGCUGAAUAGUGAAAAAAGGGCAAUUGAAAGAUGUCUUUCUAAAUUAGAAAAAACUGUAAUUGAUUUGAAAUUAAAUGCAGCUCAUCAAGCAUGUCCGAUGUCAAAAGAUUCAAACUACGAGAAAAAUGACGGCUAUCGUGAUUAUAUGCAGUUUUUGAAAAGAUGAAAAAAUCUGCACAAUUAAAAUUUAAAAUAGCAACAAUUAAAUUCUAUUUUAAAUAUAUUUGAACUAUAUUUUAAUUUUUUAAAAAUUGGCAAAGGAUAAUUAAUUAAAAUAAGUUUUACUGUACAAAGACAUUAUUAUUCUGUCAUUAUAGAAACGUUAUCUGGUUAGUUUUUAGUACACGUCGUACUAUUACAUAUAUAAUGUCAGUGUACAUAAUAAUCUUAAUUUAAAUCUACUUGAAUCUGUAGCAAUUUUCAGUUCGCGCUAUAUAAAGUGCAAUAUUUUUUUUUUUUUUUUUUUAUUACAAACCAUUUGCAACGCACUAUCUAAAAAAAUAAUAAUCUUUCGAAAUAUUCAAAUAAGAAUGAAGGCAUUCGUCAUUAUUGGAAUUGAUUCUUAUUUGAAUUUCGAAAGCGAAGUAUAAUAUUGAGUAAAUUAAAAACAAGCACUAAAACACUUUACAUAUUCUUUUUUUUUCUGUAUAAAUCUGAAAACGGCGUAGCAUUUACUGGUAAAAAUUGUAUCAGACACAAUUAUUAAUCUCUAAUCUCUCGCAUUUUUUUUUAACACAAUAAUUCUGAUUUUAAAACAAGGAGAAUAAACUGAGCAAAACAUUAGAAAUUCUUUUCUAAUUUAAAAAAGAAGCAUUCAUUUUAAAAUGAAAAAAAAAAGUUUAUAAACUUCAUUGUUUUUUUUUUCUCUUCAAAUUCUUGUGUUGCUUAUGCGCACAAUCGUUAACUAACAAAUUCAAAUAAAAUAAAUAGAUCAAUACUUCCUAAAAAAAUUGGUUAUCAAAUAUAUUUUGUAUAACCAGGUACUGUAAAGCACAAAAGAGAGAAAAAAAAUAAUAUAGAGAAUACUAUAGAAAAUUUGAAUACAGAAAACGACA